GACGAAUUAGACAGUUUCACGUGUGAAUCAAACAAUUUUAAACAAGAAAAAAGGAAAUUCAUUAAUUUUUUAGUCUUAUCGAUAAGGACAUAACUCAGUUGAUACCGAAUAUAUAGAACAUAUAAUGGGAAGACCAGGUUUUACCCCAAGAGGAGAUAGAGGUGGACGUGGCGGACGAGGUGGUGGUGGUGGAAGAGGUGGUUUUGGAACACCUCGUGGUGGAGGUGGAGGAGCUGGCGGAUUUAGGGGUGGACGUGGAGGCGGGGGAGGCCGCGGUGGCGGCAGAGGAACGCCAAGAGGACGUGGUGCACCCAGAGGAGGUCGUGGUGGAGGUGGAGGCUUCAAAGGCGGAAAAACAGUCGUUAUUGAGCCUCAUCGUCAUGACGGAGUUUUCGUUGCUCGUGGAAAGGAAGACGCACUUGUCACACUUAACUUUGUACCAGGAUCAGAAGUUUAUGGCGAAAAGAGAAUUUCUGUUGAGACUGAUGGAGAGAAGAAAGAAUAUCGCGUGUGGAAUCCAUUCAGAUCAAAAUUAGCGGCUGCUAUUCUUGGUGGUGUUGACAGUAUACAUAUGGGUCCAGGAUCAAAAGUCCUUUACCUUGGUGCUGCUUCGGCAUCAUGUAUUGACUCCACAGCGAAACCCGAAGCUGUUUUUGCAGCGGAAGUAAAGAAAUUGGUAGCCGAUAAAUUGAAACCUCAGGAACAGCUGACGCUUGAACCAUACGAAAGAGAUCACGCUGUUGUUUGUGGAAUCUUCAGAGCACCACCAAAAGGAAAAUAAAACUUCGUCAUAUAAGAAAAGUAAAAACAAUAAUUUUAAGAUAUUUUUUGCUGAAGAAAGAGAAAAGAAAGAAAAUUGUCUCAAACUUUACAUUAACUUUCAAAAUAAUUUUAAGUUUAUAAGCACUUCGGGUUUAGAGAAUCGUUAUAUGAAGAACUUAAACUUUAUGUUUCAUAAAAAUUUAUGUAACACGGACAGAAGACAGAACAUAUAAAGAAAUAAAAUUUUAAUAACAAAAAUGUUGAUAUUUUAU